AGCUUCCCCAUUUCAAAUUUCCUGCAACGAGAGUGAAAGUAGGAAGGACAUUUUGGUCUUCACAAUAACUUUUUUUUUGUUCAUUAAAAAGACACAUACUGGGAUUCGAACCAUGACCAUUUUAUAGGAAAGCAAAGAUUAUAACCAAUCAUACUAAGUAGAUUUGUUGUAUCUUUUUAAAUUAAAAACAUAUAAUAGCCGGGAGGAAAAAACUCUUCCCCUAUUUCAAAUUCCCUGCUCCAGGAGCAUUUGUAGGAAGGGUAGAAUAGGGAGUGUCAAUUUUUUUCUCUUUCCUCUGUGGAACGGGCCAACUUACCGUACACAUGCGGAUUUAAACGGGUCCAAGAGUGUCAAUUUUUUUCUUUAAGCUCUUUUAUUUCUCCGUGGUGAUAAAAUAUAUAUGAAAAGGCAAAAAUAAUAAUCCUUUUUAUUGUUAAAAAUAAAAAAGACACGUACUGGGAUUCGAACCAUGACAAUUUUAUAGAAAAGCAAGGAUCAUAACCAAUCACACUAUGUAGAUUUGUUGUAUCUUUUUAAAUUAAAAACAUAUAAUAGCCGAGAGGAAAAAACUCUUCCCCUAUUUCAAAUUCCCUGCUCCAGUAGCGUUUGUAGGAAGGGAUAAUAGGGAGUGUCAAUUUUUUUCUCUUUCCUCUGUGAAACGGGCCAACUUACCGUACACAUGCGGAUUUAAACGGGACCAAGAGUGUCAAUUUUUUUCUUUAAGCCCUUUUAUUUCUCCGUGGUGAUAAAAUAUAUAUGAAAAGGCAAAAAUAAUAAUCCUUUUUAUUGUUAAAAAUAAAAAAUUUAACAAUAAACUAAUGAAUGGUAUCUAAUGGCUAACCGCUAACCAUAAAAUAAAAAGUUGAAUGGGUCUGACCUACACGGGAUUUGUCCAUCAAGUAAAACAAAUGAACAUCAUUGGUUUGUCAUUCUAAAACAAGUUAUUUUCUCUAACAUAAUAUAUAUUUUGCUAUUAUUUUAUAUCUUAGUGGCUAAAAUAUAAUGUAUUUUAAAGUUAUUCAAUGGUUCAACCUUGACCAACCCAAUUAGUCCAAUUUUUAUCAUUUCAAAUAUAUAUUAUAUAAUUAUUUGAUAUAAUAAUGAUCAAAUUAUAGUGUAUUUUAUAGGGAAUCGUUUGAUAUUUGUUAGUAAAAAACUAAACAGAAAGAUCUAUUUGGUUAUUUUAAACAUUAAAACGAUCCUAAACAUUUUCAGUUCCUUUUGAAUUUCUAUGGUUUUAUUCCCGAAUAAGUGAUGUGCAAAUGGCGAAUUGCAGUCAUCUCUUUUCUUUCACUAUUUUUUAUUUUCAAAUAGAAAGUUUAAAAUUAAAGAAUAAUUAGGAUUUGGCAUGGGUCGGUCAAACAGGCUGAAUUUCAAGUUUUGGCCCGUUUAUUUUAUGCAUUGCAAAUUUAUUAGCAUGUUGAUGGAAAUGUCUUGGAAAAAAGACAUAUAAGUUGUACCUUUGCAGAAAUUUCCUCAAAUGUUUGAAUGCUUUGCGAAUCAGGUUCCGUGACUUUUGUGAUGGUGUAUGUGCUUGACGAUUGCUCGAUGUUGUAACUACUUAAUUUGAGAGUAAAUCUUUGAUUUUCCCUAUGAGUUGUGAUACCAGUUCUGGUGGUUGCAGCAUGUUGUCGUUGUUGGCCUCUAAAAGUUGUUCCGUCAUGAUGCUAAAUACCUUUCUUUCUUUUUUAACAAAUUGUGUAGUAGUGCUAUUAAACAGACCACCCAUGAACGCUACGCUUAUUAUGGUCUGUUCUUUCCGGUGGUGAGAAAUUGUGAAUUGAGAAUCAUAUUCGCCUACCGCACUGUGUCUGGCUGGUGGCUGCUUACUGUGCUCUCUAGAGUUAUGAAACAGACUACCCAUGAACGUUACCCUUAAGAGUCCAUAACUUUGCGAAAACCCAAAUUUAGGCAAUCAAAGGUGGUGGAUGUGUGAUGAUUUUUUAUGGCUUAAUUGUUUGUGAAUUGGAUAUCUGAUCUUUGUAUGAUUAGAGGGGAUGUUUGCUUAAUAGAAUAAUCCAUUUUAAUUCAUGUUUAUUUUUAACAUGAACUUUAGUAACUCAAAACCUUCGAGACACAUAUCACAUACUGCAUUGUAUCAUCUUGCCUGGGUGCUUGCUGUGUUGUCAAACUUCUUUGCUGUUGCUGCAUUUACACUAACAGGGGAGUUAAGAACCCAUGAAUGUUUCCGUUUGACACAAAUAGGAGGACUUGCUUCUAAACCGUGCACUAAAGAUGAUUGGAGGAAACAUCUCUGUUGCAGUUGAUAUACUGGAGACCAGAACAAAAGCAACGUAUAACAUCAAAACCAACCAUCUGAACUAUUAUUAGCAUUGUUGCUUUACUCUUUUUUCGUGGUUGAGUCUCCUUCAAAAAAUUUAGUUUGAUUUUAGAAAAUUUUGCUUCUGCAGUCCUGUCUUGCCACCAACGCGUUCAGUAGAUGGAGAUGGCAGAGGCGAAGGCUAUUUUUGUGUUGUUGUUGCUGGUUUAGGGAUCGGUUUGUGAAGAAGAGGGAGAAGAGAGGGGGAAAGGGAAAUGCAUGAGAGGGGGGAUAACUCUUUUCUCCGACAAAAUUGGAGUGAAGAAAGGAAUUGUGAUCAGUAAGGAUAUGGUUAUCUUACAUAACAGUCUCUAUUCUGUUUGAAUUGAGCUUGGGAGGCAGUGAUAAAGACGAGCUGCAACCAAUUCAUAGUGAGAAGAGAGCUAUGAACUGUGAUCAUGUCUUAUUUCAAGUUAGAAGGUAGUUUCAGUAUAAGGAUUAUUUAAUUUGACAAGUUGUUUCGUCCAUGAUUCUUGGUAGUUUCAUUGCCAUUCUAGCCAUUGUUUAGUCUGUAAUUUUUUAGAAUUGAUGUGCGAGUAAUGACUUUCACUUAGCUUCAACUAUUAUGUGUGUAUUUAUUGGCAUGUGAUAGAAUUCUCUUUUCCUUUUCUUUGAAUUUAGUUUCAUAGUCUAAUUGUAUCAUUUGUACAUAGGCAAAUCAUGCUCGAGAUGACAACUCGCUUAUAUGGCUGGUGCAAGGGAUGCAGCCAUCAUUAGAAUUCAUACCAACAACGGGGAGGGAUGCCCAGGACUAAUUCAAUGAUGAUUGAUGAUGGUAUAAUAAAAACUGCAGUCUGCAUCACCACCAAUUUCUAGGCCUAAGUAAAGUUAUUCAAUCCAAAACUCUGCUUAGCGCUAAAAAUUGCCCUCACCCAACCUUGAUCCUGUCACACUUCUGAAGAGUCAAGAUAUAUGACUAAUCCUCUCCGUUCGUAUUUUCUUAUUGACUCUUUCUGACCCUUUAGGUUUGGGCGGGUCGGGAAGAAUCAGAUUAGUGGGUCGAUCCUAAUCAAGUGGAAUCCCAAUCCCUUCACUCUCACUUGCUUUCUCUCCCAUUCCACAAGUGGGUGACAUAUAGUAAUCCGGCCAACGGGCCGGGUAAUAAGCUAGUUAUUUUAAUAGCGGUGAAGUGAAGGAGUGAAUGCAAGUCAGCCCAGUCGGACGGAUGGCGCAAGAUUUUGUCCAAUUCCAUUAUUACAUUCAUCCACCCUCAUUAAACAAACGGGGAAAACGUCACAAUCUUCUCCGACUCCAAGGGCCCCUUCGGGUACUAAUUCUAACAGAAAGAACCUAAAAACCAGCGGCCGCCACCCUCCGUGUCCCCACCCCGCACCCGACGCCGCCACCGCUCCACCACCGGCGAUUAUCCCAUUUCCUUCUCUCCGAGAUCGAAUUCCCCCAUCCGCUCUCCGGCCGCUGCUUCAUCUGGUCUCUUCCCCUUUCCCACAAUCUCAUGGAAUUUAGCUGACCUUUUUCUCUCCCCCAGUCAACCUCGAUUCUUUCUCCACCAAUCAAUUUCAGGGGGUUUACUGUUACAUUCCCGUUUUCUAAUCGCAGUGAGGAAGAAGAAGAACACAAAUGUCAGCUGCAAAGAUCGCCAAGCCGCAUCGCCUGAAUCGAACUCCUCCUCCGCCGCACCACCACCGGCGUCGCAGUAGUAGCAUCGGAUCCCCCUCCCCGAACAGGCAUCGCAUUGUUUUCGACGACGACGACGACGACUGGUUGCCGAUUUCCGCCGGAGCUAAAUCGGCUGCAUCGCGCGGGAAGAGGACGAAGGACAAUAACAAUCAAAAUAAGAAGAAAACUGGCGCGUCUCGCUCCCAAUCCCCGACGACGAUUCCUAAGCGGCGGAGGAUCGCUUUAAUCCCUGAUUCCGACGACGAUUCCGUUUCGAAUAAAUCCGACUUACUCAUGGAGCGACUCUCCAUCUCCACUAUCAGAGAUCGCGCCAGAGCCAGGUCGCUAUCCUCUUCUUCCGAUUCGUCACCAUCGUCAUCGAAAUCGUCUUCGUCUGCCGCUGCAGCUCCAGAAACACCACCGUUAAACGUCACCGCCGCCUCCUCUGCGAGGCUUCUUCAGCGGUCUAGAGGAGGAGGAGGAGCUGCCGUGGCGCCGGCGAUCAACAGAUGCCAUCAGUGCUUGAAAGCUGAGAGGCAACUCUACGUUCGGUGCUUCAACUGUGCCAAACUCUAUUGCUUGAGAUGCAUCAAGCUAUGGUAUCCUGAGCUGAAGGAUGUAGAUAUAGCACAACAGUGCCCAUUCUGUCGGAGAAAUUGCAACUGCAAUGCGUGUCUUCACUCCGCUACCCUGAUCAAGACCUCCAGAAGGGAGCUCUCCCCCUGUGAAAAUAUUCGGCAUUUGGGUUAUCUUAUCAACUCACUUUAUCCCUUCCUUCAACAAAUCUGUGACCAACAAGAACAGGAAAGACUAGCAGAUGCUACCUUUUCUGCUUCCCCUUCUGAAGUACCCGAGAACUUCUGUAACAAUGAUGAGCGAGUCUAUUGCAACUACUGUGCAACCUCUAUUGUUGACUUUCAUCGAUGCUGCCCCAAAUGCAACUUCGAACUGUGCCUCGGUUGUUGUCAAGAGAUCCGGGAUGGCAGCAUCUUGAGUCGUACUGAAAUGAAGUUCCAGUAUGUAGAUCAUGGCCUUGACUAUAUGCAUGGUGGAGAUCCAUUGAAUUGUUUUCCUUCUCAAUUUCCUGAAGGUAUGACCGAACCUUCGAUUGCAUUGUUGUGGAAUGCUAACAAGGAUGGGAGCAUCCCUUGUCCUCCUGAAGAGAUUGGGGGUUGUGGUGAUUCGGUAUUGCAACUCAAGCGUAUCUUCCCGACUGGAUGGAUUUCUGAUUUGACUGAGAAAGCAAGGAAGUUCCUUGGGACUAGCGACACUAGACAGCAGAGCCUGCCUUGCAAAUGUGGUGAAACCGGGAGAGAAAUGGUAAGGAGAGCAGCUUCGAGAGAAGCGUCCGAGGAUGAUUACUUGUACUGCCCUGUUUCAGAGGACAUUAUAGAGGAGGAAGAUCUUCUUCACUUUCAGAAGCACUGGGCAAAAGGGGAACCCGUUAUUGUUCGUGAUGUACUCGAUGCAACCACUCAUUUAAGCUGGGAGCCAAGGGUGAUGAUGCGUGCCUUAUGCGAGAAUGCCAAUUCCGAUAUUAGUUCAAAGAUGUCUCAAGUAAAGGCCAUCGAUUGCCUGGCUGCUUGCGAGGUGAAAAUCAACACCCGUAUGUUUUUCAAAGGCUAUACUGAUGGGAGAAGAUAUUUCAAUCUUUGGCCUGAGAUGCUGAAGCUAAAGGAUUGGCCCCCUUCUGAUAAAUUCGAAGAUCUUUUGCCUCGUCACUGUGACGAGUUUAUCAGUGCACUUCCAUUUCAAGAAUACAGUGAUCCAAAAGCGGGCAUUCUAAACCUUGCUGUCAAGUUUCCCCAUGUCCUCCUGAAACCCGACAUGGGUCCCAAAACUUAUAUUGCAUAUGGGAUGAAGGAAGAGCUUGGCAGAGGUGACUCUGUGACCAAGCUUCACUGUGAUAUGUCAGAUGCGGUGAACAUUUUGACUCAUGUGGCUGAGGUAGAGGUAAACGAAGAGCAAUCAUUUGCCAUUGAGCAUUUGAAGCAGUUGCACAGUGAGCAGGAUAGAAAAGAGCAAGUAGCACAAAAUAUUAGGGACAGUCAUAACAGUAGGGGAAUUAAUAGUGAAGCAAAGAAGAAUUCUGCUGACACCGAAAGGAGAGUCGAUGAUUCGGAAGAGUCUGGAUGCAUGGGUUUGCAGACAGAACAAACAGAGGACACAAUUGGUGCUCUAUGGGAUAUCUUCAGGAGGGAGGACGUCCCCAAAUUGGAGGAAUAUCUUAGAAAGCACUCCACAGAAUUCAGGCAAACAUACUGUUGUCCUGUGAAGCAGGUCAUCCAUCCAAUUCAUGACCAAUGCUUUUAUUUAACAUUGGAGCAUAAGAAGAGAUUGAAGCAGGAAUUUGGAGUGGAGGCUUGGACAUUCCAGCAGAAAGUUGGAGAAGCUGUGUUCAUUCCUGCAGGAUGCCCGCAUCAAGUCAGGAAUCUAAAGCACUGUUGGCAGUUCUAGGUACCGCCCUAAACUCUAUACAAAUGGACAAAGAGCUAAGGAUCUGACGACACUCUCGUAGCACCGGACCACCAAUCGAGUCUUCUAUGAAGCCUUGCUGGAUCUGCUUGACGACCACUUCAGAAUCACCUUCGACUAUCACGUGAGUCAAAGAUCUUCAGGUGAUGAUGGAAAUAGCGUCUCUAAUGGCUAGGAGCUUUGCAGGACUUUGUUUUGGCUAAAAACAAAUUGUGUUUUGUAGACGGAACGUUGUCACAGCCAAAGGAAGAACGAGAAUUGUGGCUUGGUUGCGUUGUGAUGCAACAAUCAAAGGUUGGCUAAAGUCCUAAAUGACAACCGAGGUUAGGCGAAGCAUUCAAUUCACAAAAAAAAAAAAAAAAAAAAGCAAAAUAGAUAUGGGACAAUCUCCGUAUGUGCUUUGAUCAAGUAAGUGCGCCCGUCGCUAUGAGUUGUGUCGCCUAAUAGGCAGUUGCCUCAAGAGAAGCUAUCUGUGUCUACUUACUAUACUGAGCUUUGUUUCUUGUGGGAGGAAGCUUGGCAAAUCUCGCCCACACCAACCUGUACAUGUGGCCAAUGCACUUGAAACUUGAAGAAACGUACUCAUAACCGAGAUGAGAGUAUUCGUUUUUUCGACUUCAUAAUGGCAUUGGAAUACGUGUUUGCUACUGUGAAAUAUCAAAUUCUCUCCAUGAAGCAAACUCUGGCUAUUAUGGAGGCGUUUAACAUGGUGGUUAUCGAUGAACAGUAAUGAAAAAUUGCUCAGAAUCGCAAACCGCGUGUUGAGGUUACUACGUCACGGACACUCAAUCACAGGGUAAGGCAGUCGGGGGGGGGGGGGGGGGGGGGGGGGGGGGGGGGGUUAGGUCUUGAGAACAUUGAUACACACCCUCUCCUAAAAUUUUCUCAUUGUUAGAAGACGAGCCAUAAUAAGGAAAGAUGUUUUGAACUGAUCGGUUAUCCUCUGGGUGGCACUGAUCGCGGUGGUGGCAAGAGAAAUGGCGGCAAACGAGCAUACUUCCAUAGGUAUAUGCUCUCUUUCACUAAGUCGUGGAUUUUAGAUUCUGGGUGCAACAAACAUAUUACUAGUGAUACUACUUUGCUGGCUAUGGAUGGUCGGGAUUAGAGUUUGGAUCUUAAGGUUCCCACUAAGGAUUCAGUUGGGUACAAUCUAUUGGUUCAGCGAAGCUGCAAAAUGGCAUGGUUUUGCCGCUAGUUCUCUUGGUUCUGUAAGUGUAAUUUGUUGUUAGUGAGUCGACUAACUAAGGAUUUCCAAUUAGCAUUUAUAUUCUAACAUGAAUUCUGCGUCAUCCAGGACUUACACUCCAGACACAUGUUUAGGAUGGGGAAACAAAGUAAUGGUUCAUACUACUUGCGGUUAUUCAAUGAAUUUCGAUUCGCUAUGGUGCUUGCAGUUCAAAAGAAUACCAGUAGUUCUCUUGAUUUGUGGCACUUUUGGUUGGGCAUCAUAUGCUUUUGACAAGUUGUCGAUGUUGAUUUUAUUUCCUAGUAGUAGUCGGCUAGCUCAGAGUCAUUGCCAAGCUUGUUGAGGGCUAAACAAUGUCACACUCCUUUUCCUACGCAUUCUAUCAAGAUUACUCGUAUUUUUUAGUUGAUUCAUGUAGACAUUUGGAAUGAAUAUCAUACAACUUUCUUGAGCGGGGCAUCUUAAUUUUGACUAUUGUUGAUAAUUACAGUCGAGGUAUCUGGAUUUAUUUGUUACGCUUCAACUAUGAGGCGGGUCAUUACUUGAAAAUGUUUUAUCAACAUGUUGUCCAGAAAUUUUCAGGUAAGGUGACUCGCAUCUAGGCAGACAAUGACUUGGAAUUCCAUACACAUGAGUUGGAUGAUUAAUAUGACUCUGAUGGAAUCACACUUCAAACAUCUUGUGUCAAUAUCCACAACAAAAUGAGGUCGUUGAG